AUGUCGCAGCAAAUGAUCGAAACUCUAGUGUCCAUCGCUCCCGAAUCUGGCAAGGAGGUCAUGCAAUUGACCAUGGAGCACAGUGCGCAAGCAGAGACUCUUUUCUUGGGUCCUUCAGGCGCAUCCAUACGGGCAUUUGCAAGAGAUCAGAAAACAGCAGAGAAGCACGAGGUGGAUGCUGUGAGGCAUGCAGAAGGAAUUCUUUAUGCGGAUAUGGACAUGGAUGCUACUAUCGAAGGAAAGCAAUAUCAUGACGUGGUAGGGUCUUACCAGCGCUUAGAUAUUUUCGACUUGAAGGUUAACACGACAAGAAGAGUGCCUGUCAAAUUGUUUGAGGGAGAUGCUUGA